AUGGGCAAAAACAAAUCAACUGAAGUUGUAAACGGUGGUGGGAAAGGUAUGGGUAAGAAUGUACCGGCCCCAAAGAAAGUUUCCAGAUCUUCAAAGGCUGGUCUUCAAUUUUCGAUUGGACGUAUUCAUCGUCAUCUUCGAAAAGGAAAUUACGUGCUUCGCGUCGGUUCUGGAGCACCUGUUUACCUUGCCGCAAUUCUUGAAUAUUUGACAGCAGAAAUACUAGAGCUUGCUGGUAAUGCCGCACGUGAUAACAAGAAAUCAAGGAUCAUUCCUCGCCAUCUUCAAUUGGCUAUACGUAACGAUGAAGAAUUCUUGGACACGUUACAAUUGCUCAAGGUGGUGUCUUGCCCAAUAUUCAUCAAAAUUUAUUACCAAAGAGAUCCAAGAAAGGCUCCACGACCAGAAGGUGAUGACGAAGAAGAAGCAUCAUAA